UGAGUGAGCGAAACUGUGCAAAUUGCAAGCAGACGACAAUGUCUUCGAGUGGACUUCUCUCAUUCGUUACCUUCUCCUCUUUUUAGUGACCAUUUCGACCAGAAUACUCUAAAUUUGUAAUCUAAAUUUUGUUCCGGCUGGUCCUGAAAAUUAGAAAAUUAUUAGUAAAACAGUAGAAUAAACGUUACAGUAAAAUCAAGAAACAAUUGAAUCAUAACUAUAAAGCAUUGGUUCUUAUUUUGGGUCUAGGACUUUAUUAUGAGCAACGAUUCUCGAGACCCUGGUACCACGAAAGAUUGCUACGAUUUAACAAAUCAUAAUCAUAAUCGGCUGAACAGUUUGGUAGAGUCGGGAGAGUCGGUAAUUAUUUCGAAAUGGAAAGUUCGGGUACGAAAAUGCACGAGGGUUACAGAUUUUAUACAAGACCAGCGUGUUGAUUCUACUAGUGAUAAAUGCGACCACAGUGUCCAGCUAAUCUUGGAUGGGAUACGUUUUGCUUGGAUUAGUGGAAACAUCAAUAAUUGUAAACAAUUUAGACGUCGAUUUAUAAUGACGUUCUUUAAGUUCACAUCGCCAUCAUUAAAUUCGGAAUGCAUAUCAUCGAAAUGCAAGAAUUUGUCGCUCAACGUAAACUUUGUAAUUUUAUAUUCGGCUCUUCUUGUGAUAGACAAACUAGGGAGUAUGCUUUCAAAUUCUUACGUCUCAGUUCGGUGUGAACUGGAAACAGCAUUAUCCUGGCUGUCAACUUUAGGUGGAGCCUUUUCUGCCUUAGGGGACCUUUCUAUCAACUAUGCACAAGAAGCAGCAGAGGUUUCUUAUAAGCAGAUGAAGAUUGCAUGGAGGAUGAGAGAUCCACUGAUUGAAGCUAGGUGUCGGCUGUACAUUGCAAUUAGCUUACUUCAAAGGGGAGCACUGCGAACAGCCAAGCACAUGGUACAAAACGAGUAUCGAUAUGCCUUAUCAUUACCGGAAGGGGUGGACCCUCGGCUUCGCAGGAUGUGCUUAGGCGUCUGGGCAAAGUUACAGUACGCCUACACACUUCGUAAUAUUACUCGUCGCAAAAUUAAGACUGAAGCAUCGUUAAAUGGUCAAUGUCCAAAUUACUCGAGUAAAAAUGACAAUAAUCGGCAAAAACUGAAUGGAGGUCUGGAUUACGUUCACCAUACUUGACAUGAGUUAAGAAUUAAUGUAAACGACAAAGGCAAUUUCUCGUUAUUUAGCUAAAUGACUUAUGUUUAUUUAGAAAGAUUUAAUAUGGAGUGUUAAAUUAAUUGUUCUAAAUUAGUUGUGAUAACUUCAAUGCCCGGUUACUUCACUUUACUAUUCUAAAUAAAUAUUUUUGAUAAUAAUAAAAACUGUGUACUAAUUAAUUGGUUAA